UUUCGGCUUCCCUCUUCAUUUUCAUUUUCCCCUCUUAAAAAUUUCUCUUUCUAUCAACGGCCAAUUCUCCUCAGCGGCCCAUCGUAUCCUUAUCGAUUGUUUUAUUGCCCUGUGAUCAAACUCGUUGUAAGUUGUGGUUUUCCUCGCGUUUGGCGCCGGUGUCUCGUUCUAGCAUACCUGGUCCGCCAUCACGCCGCGGCUGCUUGUCAGUAUGAAGCUUUUCCCUUCUCUCUCAGAUGACCUUGCUCGUUGGGCAGAGCUACAGCCUGUCUUCUUCACUGGCUCAGCUGCUACUCACGGUCGUCAUGUCAAUGUUUCUCCCAAAGGGCUAGAUGCGCACUUCUCUGUCCUCAGCCCCAACCAAUGCGCCUACAUUGACCGCACUGGAUCUGGAUGUGAAACAAUUUCUCAUGCCUACGAAAAUGGACGCCUCUGUCUCAUGUUUAUGAGCUUUGGCCCUUCCCCGCGAAUCCUACGACUCUUCUGUCGUGUUUCGGUUGUGGAGUGGGACCAGCCAGCCUUUCCUGCCUUGAUACGCAAAAUUGCCAAGGGCAAGCGAGAGGCUUUUGAUGGUGCUCGCGCCGUCAUCCUCUGCAAUAUUUGGCAAGCUCAGACUAGCUGUGGAUAUGGCGUACCGCGUGUGAAGAAGGGGCUUUAUAACCCUGAUGGAGAUGAUGAAAAUGGCACUGGCAUCGUCAGAGCUAUUGAUGAAGUCCUUCGCGAGGGGGUUGAGGACGGCGAAAAGCUCGAUGAGCUGUCUGUUUUUGAACAGCGGCCCACGCUGGACCACUGGGCUUCCAAGCAAACCAAUGACAACAAGAUGCUGGGCUACCAGAUUAUCAACAAUUGCAGCAGUAUUGAUGGGCUCCCUGGGUUGAAAGCGGCAAGGCGUGAAGCCGGGCAGAUGCUUUGGGUGGGCGACCUGAAGGCUAGGCUGCAAAGGAUCGCCUCCGAAGGCGAGGCCGUCGUAGCAGGAUUUUUAUUAGCGGUGCUGUUGUAUUUUGUUUUUGUUGGAUUAGAUUUACGUGGGAUAUUUACGGCUGUGUUUUAACGCUAUGUUAUGUUAUGAGAUAGAUGGAGGGAUGGGUUGUUUCUAUUUGCGUUUUUUUUCUUCUUUCUUGUGUAUUCUUUUUCUUUGUCUUCUUCACCCCCGUUCCCUACCUUCCCCUUCUUACUCUGGGUAUUCAUGAUGACGCUUUGCCGAUUUCUUUUUGUUCUGCUAAUGUUAUGUCAUGUCACAAUUGUUUUUUUUUUUUUUUACCUUACUAAAAUUUCCUUUUAGGUAGUUAUAGAUUUAUGCAAAAAAUGGUCCCUUGCGGGUAAUGAAUGAUUAUCAAUUGCAACGAAUUCUUGGAUUU